AGCAUAAAGUCAUCAAAAAAUAUCAUUUCAUAACCACAUUCAAGGCAAAUUGGCAUAAAUCUUUCUAUCAUUGCCGCUCCAUUGGAAUGAAUCUAGUUAGUAUAUCGUCGAAAGCAGAUAGCGAUCAAAUCACACAGCAAAUCAAAGACCAAGGUCAUGAAGGAAGUGCAUUUUGGACAUCGGGAACAAAAUUGGGUGACAAUAUAACGUGGUUAUGGAUGGGUAACGGUAGACCAGUCAGUUUUACUAAUUGGGCACCUGGGCAGCCGGACAAUCUCAAUCACUAUACUGAGAGUUGCAUAAACAUCUUUAGCAAUGACAUGGUCUGGGGUCCAAAUACGGCUCAAAAAUGGAACGAUAUUCGUUGUAGCCGUGAAUUGAAUAUUAUUUGUGAAGAAAGUUUGAUUGAAUAUGAAUACUGUUCCACUUAAAUUACCUGAAAAAUUGGACAAAAGACAAAAAACCAAUUGUACAAACGACAAAAUAUGACAAAAUUAAA